AUGGAAGACAUGCAAUGUAAAUACCAAUGUGCAUGUCACCUGAGGUUCUCCAGAGGAACACAGCCAAGGGGAGAGGGAGAGAGAUUUAACUGUAACGAAUUGGCUGAUGUGAUCAUGGAGGCUGAGAAGUCCACAAUUUACCGCAAGCAAGCCAGAGACCAGGAGAGCCAGUCAUGUGCUAAGUUCCAGUCCAAAUUCGAAGGUUCAAGACCCAGGAGAGCUGAUGGUGUAAGUCCUGGGGUGAGUGUGGGGAUUCUGAAGGCAGAAGACGGAUGUUCCAGCCCCAAGACAGUCAUGCAGAACGAGAGGAUUCUCCCUCCCUCCAUCCCUUAA